CUUUAUCCCACUCUAUGCUGACGAUCAAUGCUACAGAAAGUACGAUGUACUUAUGCCGUGCCACCAACUACAUUCGCAGCGCUAAUUAUACAGUCACCGACAGCAAAGAUUUUCACAUUUUCGUCCUUACCAAAUCAGACAGCCAAGCCAUAGUCACAGAAGAAGCGUCCGAGCCACCCCUUUCCAACAUUCGCCGUCCUCCACCAGACACACCUCAGGGCUAUUGUUCUUUAUAUACAGGAACUACCUGCCGAAAAUAUUUGGGAUCUGCAGGUCUUGUGUACUAUAACUUCAGCACAGAUGGGUCACCCAUACCUGUUAAUGAACAAAUUGCACAAGAUCUCUGGGAAGAAGUUAUAUCUUCCCUUUUAGAACCAUGCAGGACAGCAGCUGAGACCUUAUUGUGCCACUAUGCAUUUCCAAGCUGUGAAAGAAUAGAUGGUUUUGCCUACAGCAAGCCACUUUGCAAGGAAGACUGCAUAGCCGUCCAAGACUUAUUUUGUUACAAUGAAUGGGCUAUGAUAGAAGAUAAUAAACAAAGGGGAAUCUAUUUCAAAUCAAGAGGCCACUUUCGUUUGCCAGACUGCAAUGUUUUACCAGAAAGAGGAAAUUCUUCAUUUCCUGUAUGUUCUCACGCACAUCUGACAGACAUUCAAGAAGAGGAAGUCACAGAGCACUGCAUCAGAGACAGAGGACGGUUUUACCAAGGAGCUAUUAACGUGACUAAAUCUGGAAUACCUUGCCAAAGAUGGGAUUCACAGGAUCCUCAUCACCAUAAUCGUCCGCCCAUGGUAUUCCCCGAAGUUCUCAACUCUGAAAACUACUGCCGUAAUGCAGGUGGAGAGGAACCCAUGCCUUGGUGUUAUACCAUAGAUCCGAGGAUCCGUUGGCAACACUGUGACAUCCCUCGAUGUGAAAACAACAGCAAUAUAUUUGCAGCUGAUUUAGAGCUAAUGGACAUGUUUGAGCCUCCGCCUGAGCCCGUCUUUUCUCCUACUUUCCUUCUCAUAACUUGUGCUUUGAGCCUUCUAGUUGUUGCCAUGGUCAUUCUCCUAGUACUGGGUUGCAGAAGACUCCAGAAAUAUCGCCGAGGUUAUAAUGCUACCCCAACUACCGAUGUUGAAAUCGAUCUGGAAAAGUUGCCUUCGAAUAUGGCAUACCACAGAACUUCUGCCCAACUAAAUCCUCGUCUGGAGAUUCUGGAAUAUCCGCGGAAUGAUAUCAUCUACAUUCGAGAUAUCGGGCAAGGGGCUUUUGGCAGAGUGUUCCAGGCAAAAGCGCCGGGACUCCUCAAAGGCGAAGAAUUCACUAUGGUGGCUGUCAAAAUGCUAAAAGAAGAGGCUUCGGAGGAUCUCCAAACAGAUUUUGAACGAGAAGCUUGUCUUAUGUCUGAAUUUGAUCACCCUAAUAUCGUAAAACUUCUUGGAGUUUGUGCUGUAGGAAAGCCCAUGUGCCUUCUUUUCGAAUACAUGGGUAAAGGAGAUUUGAAUGAAUUUCUUAGAACUUGUUCUCCUACAAAUUAUAUUGUUAGAACACCAAAUGGUGACAUAUACAAUGAUGUCAGAUUAACUCACAUGGAUCUCUUAAACAUAGCCCGCCAAAUUGCUGCUGGGAUGACGUACUUAUCAGAAAGAAAAUUCGUUCACCGCGAUUUAGCCACAAGGAACUGUCUUGUCAGCGAAGACAUGGUGGUAAAAAUAUCAGACUUUGGCCUAUCGCAAAAGAUAUACACAGCUAACUACUACAAAGGAAAUGAUCAUGACGCAAUACCAAUUCGAUGGAUGCCGUUGGAAUCCAUACUUUACAAUAAGUUUACUGUUGAAUCGGAUGUCUGGGCAUAUGGUGUUGUUUUGUGGGAAAUAUUUUCUUUCGCUCUGCAACCUUACUACGGAUUGACUCACGAAGAGGUUGUGAAGUUCAUCAAAGAAGGCAACGUUCUUCAGUGCCCCGAUAAUACUCCGCUACCGAUAUACCACCUCAUGAAAGCUUGCUGGAAUCGCAAGCAUUCAAACAGACCGAGCUUUAAGACUAUUUAUAAAACUCUGGGAAUAAUACAAGAAGAACUACAAAGGCAUGCUUAUAGAGAACAAAAGGUGCAUGUGUAAAAGAGGAAAUAUACGAUGUCGCUAAUAGUGCCAUGUUAUUUUCGCACAACAGUCCAUCGCUUUUAUCUUAAAUAAUUCUCAUCGCAGUGUUGACCAAGAAAUAUGUAGUGUGUUGGUUUUAUAUUGUGUACCAAACUGAAGUAAAGCAAUCUAUUGCAGUAUAUGCAAAACAUGAAAGAUGAGCAAUAUAACUAUAUAUCUAUAUUUCUGACAUAUUCUUAUUAUCACAAGAAAUUCAUCUGAACAAAAUGCGUUCAACUCAAUAAAUUAUUUAUUUUUUCGGACAGGUGUAUUCAUUUAAAUGUUUACUGGUGGAAAUUAAUUUUUAAAUUCACUUUUCAUUUCGGCUUCAGAAUUUCUCAAUAAAAACAGGAGAAUAAAAAUUAAAUACUUUUGCAAUGUCAGUUACCUCAUCAUCAGUUAUUCAAACCCUUGUAAAUGUCUAAAGAAACCAUUCGCAAGCUUUUGGAUGCAACAGAAAUAACAGGACUUUCAAAAUUAGCCAAAAUUCAUUUUUAUUUUAUAGUUAAUUAAGAUUAAAAAAAUUUAUCAGAUGUUUAAAAAUAUGAAUAUAUGCAUUUAAAACGUAGUUUGAAACAAUCUAUGCUAAAUUUAACGGCAAACCUUUGUCUAAAUAUUAACAGCAGUUAGUAAAAUGUCUAAAUGUUUUUAAUUUAAUGUCAUUUUACGACAUCUUUGUUUAAUCAUAGACCAGUUUUCCAUAAUCUUAUUUUUGCUGCAACUUCUCAUAAGAAAUAAGAAUUUGACUCAAUACAGACCAAUUCUGUCUGAAAGUCAUGAUCUGCAAUAUACGCAAGAUCUUUAUAUUUAUCUAAAAAAUUAAAUGCUAUUUAAAUUUUGACACUUCCUAAUCCUCAGAAAAAAACAUCAGCAAAACUGUGUCUAAAAAUUAGGUUCUUUCAUUUCAAACGAAAUCUUUAAAAGUUUUUAAACUAUGAAUGUAACGUAAGUUAUAUGAAAAAGGAUUAUUAUUAAUAAAAGUAUGGAAGCAAAAUACCAAGGCGAGAAAAUUAUCUUUCUUACAUAAUGAUCCAUUUUUCAAACACGAUAUGUGCAGAAAAACCAGUAAGAUUUAUGUAAUUUCUAAAAUAAGCUAUAAAUAUUAUUUGCUCCUUAUUGUAAAAUGAAACACUGCAAGCAAAUUUUGCUUUUAAAAUUUCAUUGCUUAAUAAUUCAUACUAAUUAUCUAUUAAUUUAGUUCCAGUUACGAUGGCAUUUACUUUCUGUAAAUAUUUGGCAUUAAGUUGCAAAAUAUAUGUACUGUUGACUCUAAUUUUCCUGAUAUUCAAAGACUGUUUCAUUUGUUAAAUUUGAUGAUGUUGCAUUCUUAAACAUACCAUAUGUUAUAAAUUUUUACUGUACAGAUAUUUUAUGUAUAUUUAUAAUUUUAUGUGUACUGUUUUUUAUUGUUAUUCUUGUUGAUAUUCAUUGUAAAGUAUGUAUCAUGAUUACUGUUGGAUGAGUUAAAUUUGAUAUGCUGUAUGAGAUAAUUUUAAAGGUUAUACAAAUUGCAAAAUAUGAAUACCUUGUUAAAAUAAAGCAGCUUAAAGCGCGGUAAGCUUAAUCGACUUUCUUUUCAGAACUUUCUUUCUGCUUUUAUUAUUUGAUAAUGUUUAUCUGACAACUUACUUAAUAACUUAAACAGGGAAAAUUUCCAAAGCAAAAUUUCAUAUACCGUUUUAUAUUUUUGUCAUAGUUAUUUACUUAACAGGCAGACAGACCAAAAGGUAAUCGCUGAAAUGUAUGUCCAAAUAUUGGUUUUCUCAUGUUCACGCUCUCAAUCGAAUUCAAGUAUAAUCGCUCCAGAUAAACUUACGAGGUAUUUUAAAAAUUUAUAGGCAGUUUCCUUUUUAGACCCUUAAUGCUCCUAGCAUUUAUAUUAAUAAAUCAGCGAAACUAACAAUUACUCAAAUAUAUAAACAUGAUAUAAUCUAGGUUAGAUACUAAUUUAGAUUAUAUCUGUUUCUCAAGCUUGUUUUUGAAAGCGCUUGAAUACAAACCAUUAUUCAGAUGUUACCACUAAUUCUUCCUACCUACUCAGCAUGUUUUCCUUGUUGAAUUUUCAUUCCUCAGAGUUAAAAUAUUUUAACUCCAAACCCAAGACCAAUUCAGUCUGAAGUUUGUAAAACCUAGGAUCGGUUCUAAAGUUAUAGGAUGUAUUAUGUCAUAUUACUUAAUUAAAAUAGGCAGUAUGACAUUUUUGAAUACAUUGUGUGGUACGUUAUUAACGCUAUUUGUUUCUGUACUAACAGUCUAUCGAGAGAAUUCUUAGCCUUCAUUCUGAAAAUUAUUCGAGAUAUGGACGAAUCAUGAAUGUUCUCAAAUACGAAUCCAAAAGACUAACGAAUCUCUCGAAUUAAAAUGAAAAAUGAAACUUCUACAUGUUAAACGUUUUUAAUUGAAGGAAAAUUUGAAAUCGAUUUGUGAUGGAAAAUAAGUUGAAGAAAACAAAUUUUUAAAAUAUCCCUGCAUUUUUUUUUCAGGACACAGAAAAUAAAUUUAAUUAAAGGAGCACUUAAUCUAAACUCUUAUAUGAAGAAGCUCAAUUUUUCAAUAUAUUUUGAAGAAAUUUAGUGAUGCCACUCAACUGAAACAGCUAUGAUUUUGCUCUUUUUUUUAAUGAAUGCUUCAUUUAGACCUCAUUAUAAACCAGUCUUUCGAAACUUUUGAGUUAAAACUUUUAACAGAGUUUAAUUUAAGAUUCGAAUAAUAAAAAAGCCCAUACGCCUAGUGGAAUUCGAGAAAUCGACUGUCUUAUUCUUAAAAAUUACAUUUUUACAUGAUAUAGAUCAAAUCGCAUCUUAUGUUACCUUUUCAUGCACAUUUUUACGUUUACUGUUAUUUCGCAUCUUUUUUAAGUUUUCUAGUUUUAUACAUGUUCCCUGAAUAAUCCAUUACUUAUUCCUUCUCUAAAUAUUUUUCAGCUUUAUAUUUUCUAUUUAUUUCCAACAUACAGUGUGAAACACAAAGUAUACAUACAUAGAAUGUCGUAAAGUAUGAACGACAUUCUAUAUGCAACCAUGAACGAUGACUAAUAUAUGUUACGCGCAUUUUUGGAUAUUUAUGUCUGCUCAAGAUGCAUUUAAUUUUGGCCUUUAUAAAUCACGAUGCGUUGCGUCCGAAAAUAUGUCGAUACUUUUAAGCAACAUAGUUUUUAUUUUAGUCCAUUUUGUUUACAAUUUUAAAUUCAAUGUCUGUUAGUUUCUCAUGAAAAAAUGUGCAAUGAAAGUAACCUCAUCUUAAAUAUUUAUUUAUAAUUAAUUAAAUUUCUACCAAAAUUGGAAUAAUUUAUUUUUUGAUAAACUGAAGCGAAAUUUCUUUGUUAGUGAUUUUUUGUAAAAAUUAGUUAUAGCUAAGUAAUUAAAUUAAAAUGAUUUUACAGAAAUAAAAUUAAAUAGCUACUUGUGAAAUUAAGAAGAUAUUUUUUUAAAUGUUUCAUAACUUCAUUAUUAAAUUUAAGUAACUAAAUUUUAUAAAGUUUAACUAUUUUAAGAAGAGUUCACUUUUUAUUAAUGAUUAUUUUAAUAAAACUUGUUUUGUAAUUUUAUGAAAAUUACAUUAGUAGUCUAUUAAGUGAAUUUCUUAUAAAUUAUCAAAAAUGACUUGAAAUUUGCAGAUAUUUUACCUGUUAACCAAAUAAAUAAUUAAUAUUAUAUCAAUUCAUAUGAAUAGCAUACGUUUUACCUGGUAAAACAUCUUUCAAAAUUUACUCAAUAAUGUUAUGCUAAUAUUUGAUUGUCAGUAAUGUGACGUCUUUGAAAUCAUACAUUCAUAAAUAUAUUGUGAAGAUGACGUAUUUUACUUAAUAUAUAUGCAAAAGUAUUGUGUAUGAAGGUGUACUUGUCAUGUAAAUAAAGCAUUCUUUGUACGAUUAA